GUGCCAUACGACCCGCGCCACAUGCUCGCUGGCGCCACCGCGCCCAACGGCGCGCGCCUCACGGGGUUCUUCGACGAGGGCAGCUUCAAGGAGUACCUCGCGGGCUGGGGCAGGAGCGUCGUUGUCGGGCGCGCGAAGCUCGGCGGCAUCCCCAUGGGCGUGAUCGCCGUCGAGACGCGCAACGUGGACCGCCGCAUCCCGGCGGACCCGGCGAACUCAGACAGCCGCGAG